AUGGUCAACUUCAAGCAUUUAUUCAAUACCGGUGACAAGGAAUUAGAUGAGCCAUUUAUUUUUGCAUCUCAAGCAACUCAAGUUUACUAUGUGCAAGAUCCUAUUGAUGCUGAUUGGUUUGCUGUUUUAAAGUCAAAACAACGUGACAUGUAUGAUAUGGAAGAAAGGCUAGACAAUAGUACAGAAAUAGGUUCUUUCUUGCCAGAUUUGGAUGCAAACACGCAAGUGAAUGUAUCUAUUGGUGGUAGUUGUGUUAGGACUGAUAUAGAUGGAAUAAUGGUUGCUGAAAACCAACCUAGAGGAAAGUUUGUAAGAGGAAGAGGAAUGGGUAAAGAAACGGAGGUCAAUGAAUAUGAACUACAAAGGGCUGCCAACAUAAAAGAAAAUUUGAAGUGGAUGAGAUCUCUUAAUCUCCAUGUACCUAGUACUAUGGUUAGUGAAGAAGCAAAUGGAUCACAUCAAGCCAAUAAGAAACAUAAGACAAGGACAUUAGCAGCUUCAACUAAUGGACCUACUUUGCGAUCAAGGACUGAAAGGGAUAUUGUUGAUGAAGAAUCUGAAAAUAGUUACGAAGAAUCUGAAAACCCCAUCAAUGAUGAAGAGCAACCUAUUGGGCAUCGAAAUAUAAAGAAAGGAAGGGGCCCAACCUUGAAGAAGAACAUAUAUUCAAGUAGUGGUGGGCCUAAAAUCUGCAUUACCCUUAAUGAAUAUGGACAACCAGUUGGUAGGAACAGCAAAGAGUUUGGUAAUUUCAUAGGAACUUUGGUGAGGAAAAAUAUCCCGGUUUCUUGUGAGGAUUGGAGACUAGUUGAUUCUAAAAAGAAGUUUGAGUUAUGGACAAAAGUGAAGGAAUACUAUGAAGUGGAUGAAUCUGGUAUAGAUUAUGUUAUAACAUCUGCAGCAAAAAAGUGGAGAGAGUUUAAGGCUGACCUAAAGAACAAAUAUUUUGAUGAAACAUUGAGUUUUGAAGAGCUUAUUGCUAAAAGGGAUGAAAGGGUGAAAGAAUCUGAUUGGGAGCGGUUGAUAACUUAUUGGAUGUCUCCAGAAGCCGAGGUACAUGCUGAUUUGUUUUUAAUUCUUUUUUGA